AUGGCAUCAUUUACAGACGCAGAUAUCCCUGAUCUAACAGGCAAAGUAAUAGCCAUAACAGGAGGCCUCACAACCUCCCGUCUCCUCGCCUCCCACAACGCAACACUCAUCCUCCUCUGUCGCGACCCCUCAAAAACAACCACAGCAACCACAACCCUCAAGCAAACCCUCCCACAAAACCACGCCCCUAUAUCCACCAUCCCCUGCGACCUCUCCUCCCUCCCCUCCGUCCGUCUCGCCGCCUCCACCCUCCGAUCCCAGACAAAACAGUUGGACAUCCUAAUCUGCAACGCCGGCAUCAUGUCAUUCACUCCCGGCCUCACGAGCUCGGGUCACGAAAAACACAUGUGCGUGAACCAUCUCGGUCAUGCUUUGCUCAUCAACCUCCUGCUCCCUCUCCUUUCCGCGUCGCACGAUCCGCGUAUCAUUUCUUUGACGUCCAAAAUGGCGUUUUACUACGCCCCAAGCUCCGGAAUCGAGUUCGAGGGGUUGAAAUCCGAGUAA